GAACCACAAAACAGGAUCAUGGCGGCGGUGCCCACCAAGCAGGAGACGGAGGAUGACGAUUGCUCUUUGCUUCCUAUCGUCCACGACAUCAUUAAAUGCAUGGACAAAGACAGCCCUGAGGUCCAUCAGGAGCUCAACAAGCUGAAGACGAAGAUCCAGGAGGCGCGCGAGCAGAUUGCAGCCAUGCCCGGCAUCGCGCUGAGCCCCGAGGAGCAGCAGCAGCAGCUGCAGACGCUCCGGGAGCAGGUCCGCACCAAGAACCAGCUGCUGCAGAAAUACAAGAGCCUGUGCAUGUUCGACAUCCCCAAAGCGUAGCGGGCAGGGCCACGGGGCCCGGGGACACUGACCGCGCCUCGGGGGCGCGCUGAGAGGUGCCGUAUGACCGUCCGAAAACAAAGGAGCGGGCGCUGUGGAUGUGCCGCUGAUGGCGGUGCGCUUGAUGUGGUUGGACUGUUUCAGAAGAGGCUGGCUGGGGGAAAGGCCACUGCUGACGUGGUUGAUCAGCAUCUCUUGUGAAGCGCUGGAAUUAUAUUAAAGGCUCUGAAUGGCUUCAGUGUACAGGCAGAGAGACAUUGCUUUUGAGGCCUGAGCGUUGUGUAACACACUCUACCUGAGGCAGAUUUCCAUUUUUUACACAUUUUGUAACUUUUGCAUUUGUACGUAUUGUGUAGUACGAAACAAAUAAAGAUAU